CAAACAAGCUUAAAAGGUUGUACGAUAACUUUAUCGGAUUAAUUCUCAUUGGAUAGCACGAGUGUCAUCCCGAUGAUCGUCAUUUUGAGGCUGUGAUUCACUCAAUCUGCAGCCAUCAUCGCUAUGGUGAUGAUGAAUAUGCUGCGUUGACGGAAGCCAAGAUCCGCUUCGUCCGCAGGCUUUGACGUGAUGUUGAAGGAUCAUGAUUAAUAAAUGCAUGCUAUGCAAUAUGAGUAUAAAUACUUGAAGAUCCCAGAGCUUGAAGGCAUAUGCAAACCAGAAGACGAUAACAUUAAUAAACCGACACCAUGAAACUUAUAUCCUUGAGCCUUCUUGCUGGUCUGGCAGCCGCGAUCCCAACCAACCGUGCAGAUCAAUAUGAGUAUAUCGUCAUUGGAUCAGGGCCUGGUGGAGGAACUUUGGCUGCAAACCUCGCGCGUGCCGGCCACUCUGUCUUCUUGAUAGAGGCUGGUGGCGAUCAAGGCAACACGCCAUUACAGCGAAUCCCCGCCAUGGCGGAUCAAGUCGCUGAGCAUCCCAGCAUGUCCUGGUCCUUCUAUGUGAACCACUACCAAAACGAAACUCAAGCCCGAAGAGACUCCAAGUAUGCGUACAGAUUAUCCAACGGCACUUUGUGGUCUGGUAUUGAUCCUCCCGGGGAUGCCGAGCCACUCGGUGUACUAUACCCUCGAGGCGCGACGCUUGGUGGUUCUGCUCAGCUUAAUGCCAUGAACUUCGCCCUGCCACCUGACAACGAUUGGGAUGCUAUAGCUGAACUUACAGGCGACAAGUCGUGGAGAUCCGACAAGAUGAGGGAGCUGUUUAUCGAUAUUGAGAAUUGCACUUAUGCUCCCGAGGGGACUCCUGGACACGGCUUUGACGGGUUCAUCCAGAGCAACCGAAACAACAUCUCCUACAUCACCGAUCGUCAUGGCGUCGUACAAUCUUUGAAGCGUGCAUUCGAGCAAACCGAGGGCAUUCAAGUCGACGAUGCCGCUGAAGUUGGCAGGCUAAUGCAACGAGACAUCAACCGACUGGAUAAAGAUCGGUAUUCGCCUGGCAUCUACCAAAUUCCUCUUCACGUAGACAGCCUCCGACAACGAAACGGUGCGUGGCGAUAUCUACACGAGACAAUGAUUGCCAAGACAGCAAAUGGCUCUGCUCGGUAUCCUCUGACUGUCAGCACUCAUUCGCUUGCUACCCGCGUGCUGUUCAAAGAAGGUCAGAACGGGAAGCCACAGGCAUUUGGUGUAGAGUAUCUCAAGGGUGAAGGGCUUUACUCAGCUGACAAACGCUACGAUGAGUCUGACACUGGUCGCUUGAUCAACGUAACUGCAUCAAGAGAAGUGAUUGUGGCUGGUGGAGCGUUCAACACGCCCCAGAUACUCAAGCUCAGUGGUAUUGGUCCUCGCGAGGAACUGGAGAAGUUAGACAUUCCGGUUAUUGUGGAUCUCCCUGUAGUGGGCAAGUAUCUACAGGACAACUAUGAAGGUGGAGUAACCGUCGAAGCCUCUAUACCCUGGGAGAACAAUCCCUUUGAGAAUUGUCCCUUCACACUCGAAGCAAACGACACUUGUUACAAAGAAUGGAAUCAGUCUCAUACCGGAGCUUACGGCGAAGGCGCAGCACCGAUUUCACUUCUCUACAGAUCCAGCGUCAGCGAGACAAACGACACAGACUUGUACCUCUUCGGAGCCGCAGGAACCGUAUUUCGCGGAUAUUUCCCAGGCUACUCUGCAUGGCAAGCCCCUCCAACCUCAUGGUUCUGGUCCAUUGUCAAAAUGCAGCCAGGUAACCAGGCCGGAACUAUUACUCUCCGCUCUAAAGACCCACGAGAAGCACCUGAGAUAAACUUCAACUAUUUCACUGAGAAGGGAGACAGAGACCUUCAGGCUAUCCAAGAAGGAGUUGAGCAUACCAUGCGUAUCUUCAACGCUACUGGUGAACCUUAUGCUCCAUUCAAGGUCGUUGAGCCUCGGCCUUGCGUGAGUAUUCGACAAGGUAUCAUGGAUGAUGCUUUCAGUCAUCAUGCGACUUCUUCGUGUCGAAUGGGCCCUGCAGGUGAUAAGAACUACUGCGUUGAUUCGGAAUUCAAGGUCAAUGGGGUUGAUGGACUUCGAGUCGUGGAUGCCUCGAUCUUCCCACGUACACCGGGAGGAUUCCCUGCUGCGCCGACGUUUAUGAUAAGCCAGAAGGCCUCUGGGGCGAUUUUGAGAAGUAUCAGAGGAGAGUAUGAUGUUGAGUGA